UCAUUCAAAUAAUUCAAUUCCUCCAUAUCCGACCUAUCAGACAUCGUUCUGAAUGUUUAGAACUGCUCUAAAAAGAUUUCAGAACAAAUGGAAAUCGUACCGACACAGGUUUGUGCCUUGGGUUGUGCUGAACCUGUCUAAAAAUGAGAAAACUCUGCGGCAGGUGACGGAGCGCUCGAAAGACAAACUGGUCCCAGAUGAAGAGGUUUCACAGAGGCUAGAGAAGCUCUUCAGAGUCUUGCUCAGGAGUCACUGGGCUAAUCGGCCGCAGCUCCGAGCAACUCAAACACACUUUCUCAGACGGGUAACAGGUGAAGAAUACCAGUCUGUGGGAAACUCAGUAUGUGGAGAUGAUGCCAUGUUACAGUCUUUGGGAUUUUGCAUUGACCGAAAGCCGAGCACUUUGCCCUUUGCUGGAACUGGAGUGUUUGUCACCAAAGGAUUUGUGCCCAAAGGAGCUACAGUUGCCAUGUACCCUGGUACGGUCUAUCAAGCUUAUGAGCCAAUACUCCUCCAGUCCAUCAGAAACCCUUUUGUUUUCAGGUGUAUUGAUGGUGUGUUGAUUGAUGGAAAUGACAAAGGCAUCUCUAAAAUGGUGUUCAGGUCAUGCAGUGGCAGAGACCGAAUAGGGCCUUUCAUGAUGAGUGACACCAGCUGGCUGACAGAUAAUCCACAAAACCCACUUGCUGUUGGUCAGUACGUGAACAACUGCUCCAAUGAGUGGCCUGCUAAUGUGUGCUACCAGGAGUAUGACGUGCCAGACAAAUUUCCCAUUGAACUCCGCCAGUAUCUGCCUAAUGUCCACUACAGCCAUGACACACAAAGGCCUCUACGCUGUGUUGUCCUUGUAUCUCUCAGAGACAUUGCAGCAGGGGAGGAACUCUUCUCCAACUACUAUACAAUUGUGCAUUAGAGUCAGAGUGCAGCCCACCAUUCUGCUUUGAUGUCAGAAUUUAAGAAAAUGUAUUUUUUUUCCAGAUUCAAAAUUAUAACCUUUGACUCAGAGGAAUUAUUUUUGCAUGAGUCUGUACAUUGUUUUUUGGAAAUCCUGCAUUGUAUACCUUUAAGUAAAAGUUGGAAUAAUUCCAUUUAAAAGGUGACACAAGUAAAAGUGCAAAAGUCUUAUCAGCAGAAUGUAUUUAAGUAUCCAAAAUUAAAAAUAUGCAACAUGCAGAGUGAUA